UCGGCCAGAGGCAGCGAAAAUAGCCUGCCGGAGACAGGCGCGUGGGAGUGCGCCAAACUGCCGACCGCCACCGCCGGGCGCCGCAGAAGAGAGGAUCAUCAACAGCUGUUUGGAAGCAAAGGAAAAGGCGCUUCGUGUCGCUCAACGGAAUAGCGGGUACUCCCAGAGGGGUGCUUCUGCUGUGUAUAGCAGACGGCGCAGUUACAAUAUUUCAGCGCCAGUUCUCAGAGGCACAAGUGCAUGAAGCUUUCCACUAGAUAUAAAAUAUCAACGUACGAGACAGAUUGUUUAUAAGGUUUAUUCCAAUAUGUUAAUGCUGAACAUCGGCUAAAAGAACUGAUGGUCUACAAGAAUCAUAUCAACCAAGAAGUUAUGAAGUUUAUUUUCAGACUUGUAUUCAAGAGUUUUAACAUUGAAGUUAUCUGAAAAUUAAAAAAUGAUGGGAAAAUUCGCUUACAUAAUAGUAGUGCUGGUUUCGCUGCAAUCAUCAGUUCAAGGAAGAGCAUACUAUGAGAAAGAAAGCUAUGGGGCAGCAUCCAAUCAUAUUGAGAAUUUAACUGAAGGAAAUUUCUCCUAUGUUGCUUUGGAGGAAGUGAAUGUUCACCACGGAGUACAUGUUGCUAGUUGGCGUUGGGAUGAACUAGGCUUGUUCUUCACUUUUACAAUCUUUAUUGUAGUUACAGGACUAGCAAAAGUUGGAUUCCAUCAUGCCCAAUGGCUUUCUUCACGAGUUCCAGAGUCUUGCCUUAUGAUCGUUGUGGGUGUGACAGUUGGAGCAAUCAUUUAUUCAACUGGUGUACGGAUUCCAGAAAAUGUUGAAGAUCGGGUUGUUCUGCAGAGUCAUGUCAGCCAGCUUGCUCUGCCAACAUUUACACCUCGGCUGUUUUUCUUGAUUCUGUUGCCACCAGUUAUUCUUGAAUCAGCCUAUUCACUUUAUGACAGAGCAUUUUUUGACAAUUUUGGGACUGUAAUGCUGUAUGCUGUUGUGGGAACUUUGUUCAACACCUUCACAAUAGGUCCGAUACUAUUUGGCCUUUCAAAGGCUGGUGCAAUGGGGGAUAUCUACAUUCUUCAGGGAAAUGCUUUGGGACUCCAUGACCUAAGUUUGAUUGAAUGCCUGGUGUUUUCUGCUCUCAUCUCGGGUGUAGAUCCUGUAGCUGUUCUGGCAAUAUUCCAAGAAAUUGGUGUUAACAAAGAUCUGUAUUUCCUUGUAUUUGGUGAAUCAUUGUUUAAUGAUGCUGUGACAGUGGUGUUGUACAAUACAAUGGUCACAUUUUGUGAGAUGCCAGUUGUUCCACCUGAACAGUUUGCUCUUGCAGCUCUUGCCUUCUUCACAGUCAGCUUGGGAGGUGCAACUGUUGGUAUUAUCUUUGGCCUAAUCACUGCUCUUCUGACAAGAACCACAACAGAUGUCAGAGUUGUGGAACCUCUUGCUGUGCUGGGAGUAGCAUACCUCUCCUACAUUACAGCUGAAUUAGUGCACUUUUCAGGAAUCAUAAGUAUUACUUUCUGUGGUCUUGUGCAGGCUCACUAUGCUCUCAAGAAUAUUUCACGGAAAUCAUACACAACAGUUAAAUAUUUUACAAGGAUGUUGAGUUCCACAAGUGAUGCUGUUAUUUUUCUUUUCUUAGGAAUGGUACUAGUGAGUGAUCGACAUAUAUGGCAUACAGGCUUUGUUAUGUGGACACUUGUGUUAUGUUUAGUUUGCAGGUUUCUUGGGGUGUUUUUAUUAACAGCUACAGCAAAUCCUUUGCGAGUGAAUAAAAUUAAUGCACAUGAGCAGUUUAUUAUGGGAUAUGGUGGACUCCGAGGUGCUGUGGCUUUUUCUCUGGCAGAGAUGCUUGAUAAGGAUGUGAUUGCUCCUCGUCAAGUAUUUGUGACUACCACCCUUGUUGUUAUACUCUUCACAGUUUUUAUACAAGGCAGCACAAUAAAGCCACUGGUGAAAUUACUUCACAUUAAACUUUCAAAAAUGGGUCAAUCAUCUCUUAAUGAGGAGCUUAAUAAUACAGUAAUAACAAACCUUAUGGCUGGAAUUGAGGAAAUAACUGGAGUGAGAGGAGACUUUUAUAUCCGGAAAAAAUUCGAUACUAUAGAUGACAUGUAUCUCAAAAGAAUAUUCCUUCACUCAGGAGCAGAACAUGACUUCACUCGACUGUAUGAGAAAUUGACAUUAGCGGAGCAUUACGCUCAUUUAUAUGGACCCGUGACAAUUGUUGAAUCUAAGAAAGCAGAGAUGAUGAAUGGUGAUGCAAUGUUCAUUGCACCAGCAAUUGCCAGAGCUGUUCACCUUUCAUCACUUUUUCCUGGUGUUGAGUUACGCCAUUCUUUAAAUUCUGAUCAUCAGCCACCAGCAUCUCCUGACAGCACUACUUCCUCUGAUGCUGUGACAUUGAGAAGAGCACUGCGUAGUAAUCCAUAUCAAAAGUUCCAUGAGAGGUUCAAUAGGAACCUAAUAAAUGAUGACUGCCAAGAGCUUGAAGAACAACUGAUGCGUCGGCACUUAGUAGCACGCACAAUUACGCAAAUGGCGGCAGCAGCAAAUCGUCGCUCAGCUCUGUCAGACCCAUCAUCAUCACCGCAACUGGGAGAUGAGCCCAGAUUUCCCAGACGUCGGAUACAAUCCCAACUGGAAGGCUACUUUCCUGAAGAGUUGGAGGGAAUUGAUGCCAUAUUUGAGAGAACUGGUCGCCGCUUAAGUAGGCAGUUUUCUGUACGUAGUGCAGAUGAACCCCACAGCCCAACAGCUGCCUCACCACUAUUGCGUGGAAACAAUCUCACUGGCAUCCGAGAAAGAGAUGAUGCAUCUGACAAGUCAGACCGGGACUCCCAUGUUACGGAAUCAUCACUUUGAAUAUAUGCAGUAUGUGAGCAAAUACCACUUAGCACAACAGUUACUCUUAUUUCUGUGUAGGAUAUGAUCAAAAACCACUUUUAAAUAUUGUGUCAUCUUAAGAUUUUCAGAUCUGCAGACAGAAGACAAAUAUACUGCUCAUUUAUCUAUGACUAUCAAAAAAUAGGGCUGUGAAAUCAAGAAUGAAAUACGGUACAGAGAAACAGAAUAAUUUGAAAUAAUUUUUAAAAAAUUUAGGAACAUUACAAAAUUUUACUUGAGUUCAAAAUAUGUUGUUCAGCACUGGAAAUUGCAUCAGGCACUACAUUUAAAAAAUUACAUCAAUCAGAUGAUAACCAUGUUGUUACAUACAUUCAGUAUGUUUUGGAUAGUGUGGCACAGUUAGUCAUCUGGGAUGUUGGUGAUUUCCUCUUCAACCUGUAACUCGAUCUAAGCUGUAGGAUUCUUCGUCUGGUGUGGUACACGAUACUCUGCAGAUGCCCCCAUAAUAAGAAAUUACAAACUGGAAGAUGAUACAGGAGUGGCCAAGUGAUGAUUGCAUUCUUGGGAAUUACAAAAUCCCCAAAAAUGUAAUGUCGCAUUAAACCAGCAGUGUAUGAGGUGGUCCCACCAGGUAGAAACCAAGUGUGCUGGAUGUCAAGAUCUGGAAAAGUAUGGAGUUUUGGAGCCAAAAAUGUCUAUAACAGUUGACAUAAUGUUUAUACAUCACAGUGUGGUUCGUUCACCCUCAGAAACCAAAGGGCGUCUCACCCCACAGGACAACACUGUGCACCAUAUGGAAACUUUGUUACCAUGAGAUGGUCACUGGUGAAGCACGGAAGGGUUUCCUUGAGUACAAUAAUGGAAAUUCUACUUACUCUUGUAACCAUGUGAGUGAAAAUAGGCUUCAUGUAUAUCCAUAGAUUUUGAGAAAAGUUUGUAUCCUCAAUGACUGUAGCCAACAAUUUGCCAGUGCAAGAUACAUUAAUUAUGAUUCAGUUGUUGCACUGUCUCAAGUUUGUACAGGCAAAAUUGAAGCUGAUGGAGUAUUCUUUGAACACACCAUUGUUGAAACUGUAACAAUGAGACAAGUUUUAAUACUGAAUGAUAGGAAGCACUUUCGAUGGCAGAUUGCACGGCAUGGGUACAUUCAGACCAUGUAACCCCACUAUGCUUUCUCUUUAAAUGUGAACCAGUCUUUUAAAAAUGCUUAUAGCAAUUGCAUGUAGUGAUGGAACUUAGCACAAGGAUCUAAUAGUGACACAAAACUCUCAUAGCACAGAUGUAAAACUGUCAACAUGUCAGUAAAUGGACAGAUGGCAAAUACUGCUAUUGGACAGAUGGCAAAUACUGCUAUGCACUGCUCUAUGGCAACUAAACGUCUGUUACUGCUACACAGUUUGAUAUCUUUACCCUACUUCUGGUACUGUUGCAGAGCUGCCAACAUCAGCUUCAAAUAUUUCUGUUUCUCUGAGCCACAUCAUAGAAAUGUUUUCAACAUCAAAGUUUUGUACUGCAGUUUGGGUACAUUUGGUAUGGAUUUCUUUUAUAUGGAUCAAUGUAUAUACUUCUUCUGGACUAUUUCCUUACGAUAUGUAAGGAUUACUAGAAAUAGUUCCUAAGUUAUUCUGUUCAUUUAUGAAUAACAGUAUAAAUGACAAAUUAGCAACAUCAUUUUGUGUACACCAUAUUUUCUUUUGUUCAGUAUUACCAUGACAUCACUUGAUUUUUUGAUCCAAAUAAGUACCAGUUUUUUUAAAUUACUGGCACUGUUAUGCAAUACGUACGGUGAAAACAAAUAAAAUGAUGUGAAAAAUUUUUCUCUAUGGACUGGUAAUCGAAUAAGACAAAGUCCAUCGUAAUAAUUACUAUUUUAUAUCUUUCUUACCUCAGGAAAUAAAAUAAAUGCAACUAUUUUUAUAAUAUAUUUGUACAUCACUUCAAGUGUUCUAUUGACUUCUCAGAGACUGAAGUUAAAUGUCUUAGGUUGUAUGUGGAUUAUUUAUUCACUGAGAAAUGUACAACUUGUUUUCCACUGUCUCCCAGAUUGCUUAACAUGUCAAUUACAUUUGACUAUGAUAGGCUGACUUUUAUAUAUUUACACUUUUAAUAUUUAUGUGAUAUUUAUAAGAAACUUGACACAAUGUAUGUGCAGUUGUUGAAGGCAGCUAGUAAGGUGACAGAAUUUUUGUUAAUUCCAUGUCACGUAACUGUGACCAUCUUGUAUUUAAAUAAAUGAUAUACAGACUGUGAA